UUCACUAAAAAUGUUUGUUACACAACAAAAAAAUGUCAUUUUUGUAACACCAAAAGGAAAAAAAAAGAAUUUAUUUAACUUAGUUAUGCAGAUAUCUACAUUCUUUUAAAUUUUUGAACACUUUUGAUAGUGACCAUUUAUCUCGGAAGAAAAACGUGUUGCUUGAUUAUUAAGCUUUUUAAUGGAUGAUGACCAAGUAGAUAUCGAGGCAUUGCUUGAUGCUCCAUUUGCAAAACAGGAUGACGGCAGGAGAUCACCAUUAUCUGAUAGUGAGAAAAGAAAAAAAAGUAAAAAGAAGAAAAGGAGUAGAAGCAGAGAGCGAGAAAAAUCGUACAAAGAAUCACAUUCAAAAAGUGAUAGAAAAAACACCAGAAAAGACAGAAGUAGGAGCAGAGAUAGGGAUACUGGCAGCAGCGCCCGUCAUCACAAGUCUGGUUAUGAGAACCAUGUAAGAGACAGAAGAAGGCAAAGUCCCAGUCCAAACAGAGAAAGGUUUGGGGACUCUAGAAGUAAAUAUGCACCCCGAGGAGGUGGUUACUAUCGGAAACCUAUGGAAAAUGAUCGACAUUAUCCAAGCAAACGAAUGCCUCCUUUUGAGACUCGAAGAUCAUCCGAUUUUGAAAAUAGGCGGAGAAGCAGAUCCAAAAGUCGUGAACGAAAGACAUCAACCAGAGCAAAAUCACCCAAAAAGGAAAGCAAAGGUGAAACAUCUGAUUCGUUUGGGAAACCUUCAAGAUUGCACAGGAAUCCUGAUUUAACACCUGAAGAAAGAGAUAUGAGAACUGUAUUUUGCAUGCAGCUGUCUCAAAGAGUUAGAGCACGAGAUCUUGAAGAAUUCUUUUCACCCGUUGGAAAGGUCCAGGAUGUAAGGAUUAUUUUAGAUAACAAAACUCGACGCUCUAAAGGUAUUGCAUAUGUUGAAUUUGAAGAUACUUUUUCAGUAUCCUUGGCUAUGGGUUUGUCUGGAAAAAAAUUACUUGGUAUUCCUAUCAUUGUUCAGCUUACCCAAGCUGAAAAGAAUAGAGCUGCAGCAGCAGCUAUGACUAUGGCAAGAGGAAAUGUCGGCCCAGUGAGGUUAUAUGUUGGGUCUUUACACUUUAACAUUACUGAAGAAAUGCUCAAAGGCAUUUUUGAGCCAUUUGGAAAAAUAGAUAAAAUUGAAUUAAUAAAAGAUACAGAAAAUGGACGAUCAAAAGGUUAUGGAUUUGUAACGUUUCAUGAUUCAGAAAAUGCCAAAAAAGCCUUGGAUCAACUGAAUGGUUUUGAAUUGGCUGGAAGACCCAUGAAAGUUGGCACUGUGACAGACAGAACUGACUUUACACAAGGACCAUCAUUUUUAGAUACAGAAGAAAUGGACAGAGCCGGCAUAGAUCUUGGAGCUACUGGACGCUUGCAGUUGAUGGCUAAACUUGCUGAAGGCACUGGUUUUGAAUUGCCUCAGGCUGCCGUCAAAGCACUUCAGUUAACUGCUCAAGCUCAAUCUUCACCGAUGGCUGGCAACCCAUCAGUUUCAGUAGCAACGCAAUGUUUCAUUCUAUCAAAUAUGUUUGAUCCUGCAAAGGAGUCUGGUCCAACCUGGGACGAAGACAUCAAAAAUGAUGUAAUUGAAGAAUGCAGAAACCAUGGUGGAGCUCUCCAUGUGUUUGUUGACAAGAAUUCUCCUGAAGGCAAUGUUUAUGUCAAAUGCCCUAACUUAACAGCAGCAGCUGCAUCAGUUGCUGCCUUGCAUGGAAGAUAUUUUGCUGGUCGUGUAAUUGUUGCUGCUUAUGUACCUGUGGUUAAUUAUCAUAUGUUGUUUCCAAAUGCUGCAAAUGCAGUUACAUCUCUUUAAUGUAAAAAUUAUUUUCAUUAACUCUGCUGUUAUAUGCAGAGUAUUUUAUGUAAAUUGUUUAAAACUUGGUGAUAAAUCACUGAUAUAUCAUUUAGAAUAAAAUUUGAAAAAUGCA